GCGGACGUUGGAGGCGGGGCCUCGGGAGGAGUGACGGGAGUGACGGGAGUGACGGGUGUCGGGGGCGGGGCGUCCGAGUGGAGUACCGGGAGCGCGGGCGUCGGGAGCGCGCGGUCCCGCCAUGGAGCAAGAGGAGGACGCUGACCCAGAGGUGGGCUUCUGUCUGGCUACCCUUCGGUCCUGGGGCCUGCAGCUGGUGGAGCAGCAUUCCCAGUCCACCAUGCUGAUGGGGGUUGCGGUUGGAGUCCUCCUGGCCCUGGCCCUCAUUGGCAUCACCGUCCUUUUUGUGUACAGAAGGGUUAACCAAUUCCGAGAAGAGCAGCCCACUCCUCAGUACAGGUUCCGCAAGAGAGACAGAGUGAUGUUCUACGGCAGGAAGAUCAUGAGGAAGGUGACCACGCUCCCCCACACGCUUGUGGGGAACACAGCCGCCCCCCGGCAGCGGGUGAGGAAGAGGACCAAGGUGCUGUCUCUGGCCAAGAGGAUCCUGCGUUUUAAGAAGGAAUACCCCACCCUGCAGCCAAAGGAGCCCCCGCCCUCCCUGCUAGAGGCUGACCUCACAGAGUUCGACGUGAAGAGUUCUCACCUGCCGUCAGAAGUUUUGUACAUGCUGAAAAAUGUUCGGGUCCUGGGUCACUUUGAGAAGCCACUGUUCCUGGAACUCUGCAAACACAUGGUGUUUGUGCAGCUUCUGGAAGGGGAGUACGUCUUCCGGCCAGGGGAGCCGGACACCAGCAUCUAUGUGGUGCAGGACGGGCGGCUGGAGGUCUGCAUCCAGGAUUCGGAUGGCACUGAGGUGGCGGUCAAAGAGGUUCUGGCUGGAGACAGCGUCCACAGUCUCCUCAGCAUCCUGGAUGUCAUCACUGGCCACACCGCGCCAUACAAGACCGUGUCCGCCCGUGCCGCCGUCCCGUCCACCGUCCUCCGCCUUCCAGCUGUGGCUUUUCAAGGAGUUUUUGAGAAAUAUCCUGAAACCCUGGUGAGGAUGGUGCAGAUCAUCAUGGUGCGGCUGCAGAGGGUCACCUUUCUGGCUCUACACAACUACCUGGGCCUGACCACGGAGCUCUUCAACCCCGGUUCCACACUCGUCCCCAGGGCGCACACCAGCCCAGGAGGGCGCCUGGGACAGCCCCGCUUCCCUCUCACAUCUCAGGAGAGCCAGGCCAUCCCCCUCGUGUCUGCAGCCAGCGUGGCUGCCGGGAAGGCCAGGAGGCCCACGUGCUGCAGCCUCGAGGAGCAGCUGGAGAGGCCCCCGUGGCCCCAGGAGCCCUGUGACCCAGCAGAUUGCUGUGGCAGCCGUGCAGCAGCCUCCGGGCCUCCGGCGAAGAGGAGCCACCCCUUCCCGCUGCCUUCUGUCCACGAGAUGGCAGAAGAGAUGGUGGAUGAGCCUGGCCAGGCCCAGGCAGGUGACCAGGCCGCUUUGGCCCCACCAGGGGGCACAGCGGGUAUCACCUCAGACCUGAGGAUGGCAUGUGACCACACCCGGGUCCUGCAACACACACAGGAGUGCUCCGGGGGCGCCCUGACCAGCAAGCCCGAAAAGAGUGCCGUGGCAGUUGCAGAGAGCCCGCCGGCUGUCCUUCAGCACGCGGACAGUAACUCGGACGAGGCGGCUGCCCGCAGGAAGACAGAUGCCAUCCUCAGAGCUGCCAAGAGGGAUCUGCUCACCCUGAUGAAGCUGGAUGACCCUUCGCUGUUGGAUGGCCGGGUGACGCUUCUCCACGCCCCCGGGGGCACGGUGGUGUCGAGGCAGGGAGACCAGGACGUGAACAUCCUCUUCGUGAUCUCGGGGCUGCUGCACGUGUACCAGCGGAAGAUCGACAGCGAGGAGGACACGUUCCUGUUUGUCACGCGCCCUGGCGAGAUGGUGGGCCAGCUGGCCGUGCUCACGGGCGAGCCUCUAACCUUCACCAUCAGGGCCAACCGGGACUGCAGCUUCCUCUCCAUCUCCAAGGCGCACUUCUACGACAUCAUGCGGGGGCAGCCAGCCGUGGUCCUGGGCAUGGCGCACACCGUGGUGCAGAGGGUGUCGUCCUUCGUGCGGCAGAUGGACUUUGCCCUGGACUGGAUGGAGGUGGAGGCCGGGCGCGCCAUAUACAGGCAGGGGGACAAGUCGGACUGUACCUACAUCGUGCUCAGCGGCCGCCUGCGCUCGGUGAUCCGGAAGGAUGAUGGCAAAAAGCGGCUGGCGGGGGAGUACGGCCGCGGAGACCUCGUCGGUGUGGUGGAGACACUCACCCACCAGGCCAGGGCGACCACAGUGCAUGCCAUUCGGGACUCAGAGCUGGCCAAGCUUCCUGAAGGAGCCCUGACCUCCAUCAAGCGCAGGUACCCGCAGGUUGUGACUCGGCUGAUCCACCUCUUGGGCGAGAAGAUCCUGGGCAGCCUGCAGCAGGCAUCUGCGACAGGUCACCAGUUUGGGCUACAUGCUGUAGGCAGCAAGUGGGACUCGGGGAACCCCGCCAACAACCUCUCCACGGUGGCCGUCAUGCCUGUGUCGGAGGACGUGCCCCUCACCGCCUUCACCCUGGAGCUCAAGCAUGCCCUCAGUGCCAUUGGCCCUGCCCUGCUGCUAACCAGUGACUACAUAAAACAGCGCCUUGGCUCUGCUGCUCUGGACAGUAUCCAUGAGUACCGGCUGUCCAGCUGGCUGGGGCAGCAGGAGGACAUCCACCGGAUCGUGCUGUACCAGGCGGACAGCACGCUCACGCCCUGGACCCAGCGCUGCAUCCGGCAGGCCGACUGCAUCCUUAUCGUGGGUCUGGGCGAGCAGGAGCCCACGGUGGGCGAGCUGGAGCGGAUGGUGGAGACCGCGGCCGUGCGUGCCCAGAAGCAGCUGGUCCUGCUGCACCGGGAAGAUGGGCCCAAGCCAGCCCACACUGUGGAGUGGCUCAACAUGCGGGGCUGGUGCUCUGGCCACCUGCACCUCUGCUGCCCUCGCCGCGUCUUCUCCCGGAGGAGCCUGCCCAAGCUGGUGGAGCUGUACGCGCGGGUCUGCCAGAGGCCCCCGGACCGGCACUCGGACUUCUCCCGCCUGGCGCGGGUGCUGACCGGCAACGCCAUCGCCUUGGUGCUUGGGGGAGGGGGAGCGAGAGGCUGCGCCCAGGUCGGCAUCAUCCGGGCCCUGACGGAGUGCGGCAUCCCCGUGGACAUGGUCGGAGGGACCUCCAUCGGGGCCUUCAUGGGCGCCCUGUACUCUGAGGAGCGGCACUACAGCCAGAUGCGGAUCCGGGCCAAGCAGUGGGCGGAGGACAUGACGUCCAUGGUAAAGACCGUGCUGGACCUCACCUACCCCCUCACCUCCAUGUUCUCGGGGGCUGGCUUCAACAGCAGCAUCUGCAGCGUCUUCAAGGACAGGCAGAUCGAGGACCUGUGGAUCCCCUACUUCGCCAUCACCACGGACAUCACAGCCUCCGCCAUGCGGGUCCACACGGACGCGACGGGCUGCUUUCCUCUCCCCCGUCCCUCCGGACUCCCUCCCAGGCUCCCUGUGGAGGUACGUGCGUGCCAGCAUGUCCCUGUCGGGCUACAUGCCCCCCCUCUGCGACCCCAAAGACGGACACCUGCUGAUGGACGGGGGCUACAUAAACAACCUCCCAGGGUCUCUCAGGCAGGCUCUGCCCCCACCCCAAGCUCCACCCCAGCCUCCCCCAGCGCUGCCCCGUCAUCCCAGCCGUGCUUCCCCCUGGGGCUCUGUACUCCCGUCCCCACUGGCGACCAGGCCACCUCCUCCCCAGCUGAUGUGGCCAGGUCGAUGGGGGCAAAAGUGGUGAUUGCCGUCGACGUGGGCAGCCGGGAUGAGACGGACCUCACCAACUACGGGGAUGCACUCUCUGGGUGGUGGCUGCUGUGGAAGCGCUGGAAUCCCUUGGCCACGAAGGUCAAGGUGUUGAAUAUGGCGGAGAUCCAGACACGCCUGGCCUACGUGUGCUGCGUCCGGCAGCUGGAGACGGUGAAGAGCAGCGACUACUGCGAGUACGUGCGCCCCCCCAUCGACAGCUACGGCACCCUGGACUUCGGCAGGUUCGACCAGAUCUGCGAGGUGGGGUACCAGCACGGCCGGACGGUGUUCGACAUCUGGGGUCGCAGUGGCGUGCUGGAGAAGAUGCUGCAGGAUCGGCAGGGGACGAGCAAGACGGAGGCGUGCAGUGUGCUCUCCUGCCCCAAUGCCUCCUUCACAGACCUUGCUGAGAUCGUAUCACGUAUUGCGCCUGCCAAGGUGGCUGCAGUGGACGAUGAGUCUGACUACCAGACCGAGUACGAGGAGGUGCUGCUGGGCGGCCCGAAGGACACGUGCGCUGACUCCCCAAGUGCCCCGGCCGACCUGGGCUCUGAUUCGGAGGACGAGCGCUCGCUUCGGCAUGGACACCCCGGUCUGGCUUCCCUCAAACCACCCCAGGACUCUGCAUCCCCCGUGGCUCUCUGACCCAGGCGGGGCGGGGCCUCCGCCCUGCUGCGCUGGCUGCGGAGGCGCGGCUCCCGCAGCUCCUGCGGCUCCUGCCCAGCGCCCCCCGCCAGGUUGGAGUGUCUGGGGCCUCUCUGCACUGGCCGCCCCUGCUGGGCCGCUGGGUCCUGGCAUCCCACAGCCGUCCCCGUGGGCUGUGUCAGCCCCUGCGAGCCCCUGAUGUUUCUGCUUAGCCUCUCAAUAAAGGCAGAUGUGCUUGUGUGGGACAUGUGGUCCCUGUGCCGAGGUCCCCGGGGCAGGGGGCGGCCCCCCCGUCCGGCUCUGAGGUCACCACGUGGGGACCCCAGGAUCCCAAGCCAGGCAGGCAGGGCACGAGCGCAAGUUCUGGGAUGGAGCCGGGACUCCCCCAAACGAAGGAGGAGGCCCCCCAGAGCUCUCGGGCGUGGUUCCCACUCUGUCCGCACAAGAUUCUUCCUUAAGAUGCCGCCCACAUCUUACCUCUCAGAUCAUUAAAUAGCGCCAGGGGCCUCCUUUUGUACAAAAAAGAC